UUCCGGACGGGCGGCCGCUUCCCGGUGGCAGCAUGGAGGGCGUGGAGGCGUACGGCUUCUCGGCCGUUAUGAGCGGUGCCUUCCUGCUCUCGUCGCUGCUCUUCGCUGCCGUCAAUCGUCGCCUGCGGGAGCCCUACAUGGACGAGGUCUUCCACGUCCCGCAGGCGCAGGCCUACUGCCAGGGCCGCUUCCUGCAGUGGGACCCCAUGAUCACCACCCCACCAGGCUUGUACCUGCUGUCGGUCGGCGUGGUGAAGCCGGCAGCCUGGCUCUUUGGCUGGACAGGCAGUGUGGUGUGUUCCACCGGCAUGCUCAGGUUCAUCAACCUCCUCGUCAGCGCCGGCAACUUCUACCUGCUGUACCUGCUUCUGCUGAAGAUCCAUCAGAAAAAUAAGGCUGUGUCUGGUUUGCAGAGAAUCUUGUCUUCGUUAACUCUUGCAACAUUUCCCACCCUUUAUUUUUUUACAUUCCUUUAUUAUACGGACACAGGAUCAGUAUUUUUUACUCUCUUCGCGUAUUUAAUGUGCCUUUAUGGUAACCAUAAAGCUUCAGCUCUGCUUGGAUUUUGUGCUUUCAUGUUUCGUCAGACAAAUAUUGUGUGGACCGUUUUUUGUGCUGGAAGUGUUGUUGCAGAAAAGCUAAACGAAGCCUGGAAGACAGAGUUUCUGAAAAAGAAAGACGAAAGGAUCUCUUCCUUGAGAACAUCGUUUUCUGAUCUGACCAUAAUCAUGCGAUUUCUUAUUGAAUAUCUCACAUUGCCUAAAAACUUAGUUACGCUUAUUGCUUUAACGUGGCCAUACAUUAUAUUAGUAACUGCAUUCUUUGUUUUUGUCAUCAUCAAUGGUGGAAUAGUUGUUGGUGACAGAAGUAGCCACGAAGCCUGUUUGCACUUUCCCCAGCUGUUCUAUUUUUUGUCCUUUACUCUCUUUUUUUCUUUCCCUCAUUUACUGACCCCUACUAAAAUCAGGAAAUUCCUGCAGUCAUUGCGAAGACACCUUGUGCAGUACAGCCUAUUCACUGCCAUCUCUUUGUUCUUGAUUUGGAAAUUUACCUAUGUUCAUAAGUAUUUACUAGCAGAUAAUAGACAUUACACGUUCUAUGUCUGGAGAAAAAUCUUCCAAAGACAUGAGCUUGUAAAGUAUGUGUUAGUUCCAGCCUACAUAUUUGCCGGCUGGAGUUUUGUUGAUACAAUAAAAUCAAAAUCGGUAUUCUGGAUUUUAAUGUAUUUUGUAUGUUUAUUAUCAGUCACGGUUCCCCAAAAGCUGCUAGAGUUCCGUUACUUUAUUUUGCCAUUCUUAAUAUACAGGCUCAAUAUUCCAUUUCCACCUGUUUAUAGACAACUUGUUGAGUUGGCUUUUUAUGUUGUUGUGAAUGUAGUAACAUUUUAUCUUUUCCUAAACAAAACAUUCCAGUGGCCAAAUAGUGUAGAAAUCCAGAGGUUUAUGUGGUGACUUUUUUUAUAACCUUCAUACCCUUAUGAAAACCAAGUUCCGUUUUAGAACUGUGGAUUCUGGAACAAAGUACCAUGUUCUAUAUUAUAUGUGGACUAUUUUUUCCCUGAGGACUGGAGAAGGAAGGAAGUUGCUUACGUUCUUGGAAUUGGAUGUGAUAUGUUACAGUGUGCGGAUAUUGAAUUUCUGAGCUCCUGGAAUUAAUAAAUUGGGUAGGAGAUGAAAUUUGGGAACACUUAACAGUAAUUAAUGUGAAACAUGGGAGAUGUUUACAGUUAUUCUUCAUUGUAAUAUUUUCUCUAAUGUAGUCUGAGAUAUGGCAGUUUAUGUUUCUGAGGUUUGUCUUUAAAACAGAGUCUAAGUGUUACCUCGGGAUGCAUAUUUCCUCUUUGGAACACACCCCUUCCAUCUGUGCCUGCUAAAGGUCAAGGUAUAAAACUGCUGAACGAUAACGCUUUCAGAAACACCUACGUCCUACAACCUACUGAAUGUUCAGGAGUUUUUUUGUCAAUAAAUGCUUACAUGAGUUUUGCAAACAGAAUGUUGGCUCUUUAAUCAUUAGGACGUUUUGGAAAUCUUAUUUCAAGCUGGUAGUUAGAAAAUACAGUGGAGGCUGCCUGCAUGUACCUUCUUUGGGGGAAUAAAUGUUACUGUACAACAAAAGAUAAAUUGCGGUUGAUAUUGUAAACUAUUAGAAGGGGAGUAAUUUAUGUGUGUCAGACUGAAACGUGUUGUUACACAGUGGAAUGCAAUAUAAUGAAUGCCCCUGUAAAUAAUAGGGCUUUUAUGUCCCAAAGUUCUGUGUUCACAGUUUGUAUUCAAGUAGGAUGUGUGUGCACUUGCAUUUCCAAAUUGAACUCAGUGUUUCCAAGAUCUUUGACUUGUAAUCUUAAACAAUUACUAAUGGCACUACUGAACUGUUCUUUUAAGUGCUUUUCAUAUAUAUGCAAAUCUAAUGGAACUAUGGAGAAUAUGUAUUUUUUACAAGGGUAAAAUACAAUGGUUGUUGUUUGGUGGUGGUGGUUCUUUUUGUUUUUUUGUUUUGUUUUGUUUUGUUUUUUUAAAAAAAACCAUUCAGUGUGCACUAUCUUCAGAGUAAAAGAAGGCUGUAAUGGUUCCUGUCAGCAAAUGGCUUUAAUGAGGCUAAAAAAAAAAGUUCAAUUUAACAGUUAAGCAGUUUUUAUAAACGUAACUAAAUGAUGUGCUGGGGGCACUGAAAGUUUCACAUACUGCGUAGCAUCUCUAAGGUCUUGCCCUCUAAAGUACUGUAGUGCCAGCUAUGCGAACUUAUGUUAUUGCCACUCCAGUCACUCUGAAAUGGAAUCCCACUUCAAAAGUCAGUGCUGUGGAGUUACACAUAGUGGUUCUGUUAGUUUUGUUUUCUUUACAGUAUGCAGAUCAGUAUUCUGGCUCUGAGCCCUUCCCGUGAACAGUGUGGUUAACUCAUUCUCCUGUCCAAUGUCUUUGCAGCCAUGUUUCUUCUAAGGAAACCUUAAAGCCCACUCAGUAAGUGGGUUUAUUUAAAUUGCUUUUGAAACACUUUUUAGGUUACUGCUUUCUUUUUGCCCCGUUGCCAGGAUGGUAAUUUGUUGCCCAUGUGUGUACAGUAGGAAAUGCCGUUUUUUGAUCACUCUCCAUUGGACUUUACCAAGUUGAAUGGCCAAGAGAAAUGUGUACUGGGUUGCUUUUAAAGAAUCCGACAUGGUUCUUGUGGAGUCCAGGAUGCUGUCCUGCACUGUGACUUUACUGUGAUGGAUUUGGGAGGAAAAUCUUGCACGCCUUCUUCAUCCAAUUCUGUUUUUGUAUAAUGUUCUUGUGAAAAUGUAAACAAGGUAAAGAGCAUAAGCAUGUUUCAAUACAACUUCAUUUUCAUCCUCAAAUGGUAGUACUGAGCCAGUUAGAAUGGUAACAUGGAAAGGGGUGAGGAUCUGGCUAGAAUUUUGACCUAUCUCUCAGAUCUGUUGUUUUGUUUUCCUGGCUUUUUACAGAGGAGCAGGCAUUCAUUGCCUUGACAAGAUGAAAAAAAAAUCCUGUACAGUAAUCCAUGGUUGUUGUAUUUUGUCUGGGAUGACUGUUGAUGCUGGUAUAUGAACACCUCAGAUUAUCAGUGCUGUUAGGAGGGCAGUGGUUAUGCUUUGUACUUAGCCUUUCAACUGAGGUAGCAGCCAUGUUCCAAGUGAAAAGAAAAGCUAGUUUUAACACAUACUGUAUUAAUGCAAGUAUAUAUUUCUUCUUUAAAGACAAGUGAAUACAGAAAGCCCCCCAAAAAUUAGAACUCAAUGCCUUUCUGGCGAGCUCUACAUCACAACGUACUCAUGUAGAGAGGUCUCUGUGAACUGCUUUACUAGUUUGUUGUCAAGAAUACUGUAGGAUGGCAUAAUAUUUUAUCACAGGAUUUAUUAGAGUACUUAUAUUUUAAUUUAACUGUAUGCUUACUCUCAAUGCUUUCUGAGAAGUUAAAUCAGGCUGAGUUUAAAUAAAUUUUUACAACUGGGAAAAUCCAUGAAUUAUUAAAACAGGAAAGGAGAAAUUUGUUGGUUAGCAAAAAGCUAUAUUUUUACUUUUGCUGGUGAGCCAGAGAGACUUUACAGGUAAUAUUUAAUGUUAACGUGAUUCAGUUUCAGAAAUCAAGGUGAUUUAAUUACAUCAUGAUUAAUCUUAAAGAAAGGUCUUCCAAAUUUCAAGUGUUUGUUAGGAAUUUCAUAGAUAUCAGUAGCAGUGGCAGUGUUUAAGAAUUAGUUAAACAUACUUUAUAAUCUUGGACUGUCUGUCUUUUGGAAAAUUGAUCUUAGUAUUUUGCUUCUGAAAAACGUCCAUUGGAGUUGUUUGUAUGUUUUAACUAUUCAUCGUAAAGACUCUGUUUGUCAUGGCUUUUUGUUGCCAAGGCCUACUGGUUUCAGUAGAGCUGUGGUUCCUAAAUUUGCUGAAAUGUAACAUUGUCUGAGAUGAAAACAAGAAUAAUGUAGCUAACAAUUUUGUAAUCAUUGCUUAAAACUAAAGGCUCAGAUUCAGUUUUUCUGAGACAGAAAGAAGGGGAUUUCUCAAAAGCUCAGAAGAGUCAAAAAACUGCACAGUCACAGUGUGGCUGAAUUGUUUUGAUGUGAACAUGCCAAGACAAACAAUUGACAAUUCUUAAAGUUAUGUGGAGGUGCUUAUUUGAGAAGGUAGACAGUUUGUUUUCAAACUAAUUUUAUAAAUUGUAUUUUCUGUUAUUUCUGUGUAUUUUGUAUUGUUUCCUGCCUCUUCAGUUCUUUGACAAGUUUGUAUUCAAAAGUAGCAUGAAUUUGACACCAUAAACAACACGUGCAUGCUGAAAUAGUUAUUACCUAUUACUUUGAUUGUGUGUGUAGGUGGAUUCCUUCUGCUGAAAAUCUUGUAGGAAAACGUCCUCUCUGCUCUGAGUUUGGUUUUGUUAGUGCAGGUUUGACUUUUUUCAGCAGGUGGCAGACUUGUGCCAUCGUGUUCGGGUGACCCAUGCUCAAUGGCAUGCCGCUAGAAGUCACAGCGUUGGGGUUUAGGCGUCGCUGUUUGCCGGGAACUGGAAAACUUCAAGUUUGUCACGGCUGAUUGCUUGCUUUAGUAACUAGCUUAGCUAAAAUAUCGUUGUAUUUAAUUAUCGAUUUAUAUGGUAUGAUAUGUUUCAGAAGAAGAGCUAGUUUUUCUCAUCUUUAACAAGUCUCGUUUCAGGUUUUUUUUUUUUUGUAUUUAUAGUGUUUUCAUGUCUGGUCUUAGAGUACAAAAUGAAACUUGAAAGCUUGCUGUUGGAACGUCAGUUUUAAACAACGUAAUAACUACUUAGAAAGUUAGGUGGAUUUUCUUCCCCUGUUUUGUUACUGACUUUCACAGCAUUCUUUUUUUUUCUUCACAUACUCUAUUCAUUGCCAUAUAAAAAGAAAAAAAAAGACAAAUUGAGGAAAGCAAAGAAAUUAUACUUUUGAGGCUGACACAUUUGCUCUUUUUUGUUGGAUGAUGCACAUACGCAAUACAAAUGUUCAAAUGGCUAUUAGCCCCAUAGUAAUUGGCAUACUUCAUUUUAAAUGCAUCAUCUACUUUUUGUGCUAAGAAAAGUCUGAACCCAGAGUCCCUGAAAGUAAUUGCUUCCAAUUAUCUCAAUUUUUUUGUCUAUGUUAACCACUGGGUUUUUUUCUCCUAAAGAGCUUUGCCGUCCUUGUUCAUCUCUUGUUAGAUAGGAUAGGCUUUUUCUUUUUGAUUCAGUGACAUUUGUGUGUCAGCUUAGACUUCUUUUAUAGAAGAUCCCUCUUAAAAGUGUGUUUUAGAUGGAUCCAGAGAAUUGGCUUUUACUAGCAAACAUUGUUUUGCAAACAAAAAGAAUAUCUCCAUGAGACUGAAAAGCUAACCUAAGUAGCAAUGCGUAGCUCAAAUGCCCUUAAUUUGUGAGUUUUUGGCACUGGGCUUUCUGCUUGAUCUCAGAGCAUGUUUAGGACCUCAGGCUGUUCCUUCAGCACUGGGGAAAGUUGGGUUAUAAGAGCAGGAAUCGGAAGGGAAAGGGUUGGUACAGAUAAUUGCUGUUGCCGAAGUGAAUGAGAUGCUCUGAGGGUUGUGAAGUACCAGCUGGAAGGAGAGGUUGCUGGUAGAACAAUAUUCCUGAAACUUGGGAACGAGUUGGUUUAUCAAACAGUGCUUCUAGUACUUGGAUGUGGAUCUGUAAAUAAACUAUGCUUAAUGUUUUCAAGAAAUGUUGUGACCUUACUUGAAUUGCAGCUGUACGUCAGUAACGGGAAAGGAGUUCAUUGCCCAGACAUUCAUAUCUUAAAAAAUAAACACUCCUAAAACAGU